CGCGUCACGUGGCCAAAUAGAAACCACGACGUUUCUUCUAUUCUUCGUCUUCCCCUUCUUCCCUUCUUCCCCUUUUUUCUCAUUUCAGAAUCACGACUGCCAACCUCAUAGUUCUCACUUCUCCGUUUGGAUAAACCCCAGAAUCAUUGAAAAUUUUCGCAAAGAACUGCGUGAUUUUGACAAGAAUAAUCAUUACUUUACCACUGCCAACUGAUCCAUCAAAAGUAAACAACAAGCUUCUUCCAAAAUCGCAGCUUUUCUUUCAGACUCAGACCAGACGCGAUACUUCCUCGGCCUUGACCGAUAAAAAAGAGCCGAAAAAGGGCGCUAGGGUUUUCACUAAAAUUGUAUUCCGAUUCCCGACCUUUCAUAUAAACCCAAGAAACCCUAUCAAAGCUGCUUGUGCCCGAGAGAGUCGUCGGCGCUGUAAGUUCAAGGAAACACACAAUGUUGCCAAGAUGGGGCAGAACUAUUACUAAUCUCUCGAGAGUUGGUUUGCAAAACAAAUUGAAAUUUGGAAAGGACUUCAAUGUUGUUUCAUGCCGUAGCUAUGCCAAGGUUGCUGCUGAUUCCAUGGACAGAAGUCUCCCGAGUGAACCGCUGAUGAACUUAGACAGAAUGUUUUGGUCUAAGCCCUGUUCACUGGCUUUGGCCCCGGACUCUCCCCUAAGAGCUGAAGAACCAAAGUAUGAGGGCGUUAAACAUUUUAUUCUUAAGCUGAUGCUGUUUUAUAGUAAACAAAGCAAGUCUAUUCGAGGUGCAAAUGUGGUAUACCGGCGAAUCAUUUCACAAGUUGAUAAGCCUCUUAUUUAUGAAGUAUUUAACUUGGAGAAAACAUUCAAAACAACAUUCUCUUUACUUGUACUUCAUAUGUGGCUUUGCUUACGCCGUCUGAAAGAAGAGGGAAAGGAAGGUGUUGAAUUUGGGCAGCACUUGUAUGAGAUAUACAAUCAUGAUGUGGAGCUGAGAGUUUCGAAGGCUGGGGUUAACUUACUAUUGAUUAGAUGGAUGAAGGAUUUGGAGAAAAUAUUCUAUGGAAAUAUCGUUGCCUAUGAUUCUGCAAUCCUUCCAGAGGCUAGAUCAGAUGAGCUGCCAAAAGUAAUUUGGAGGAAUAUAUUUUCUGAUGAUGGUUCAUCACAGCCAAAUGAUGCUGCAUCUCGAACAGCUCAGGCUAUGGCGAGGUAUGCUCGCCGGGAAGUUGGCUGCCUGUCCUUAACUGACAAAGAAGCUAUACUUUCUGGGAACUUCAUGUUUACCUCGUUAGAGACACAGAAGUUGAAUUCGAAGGGGUGUAGGUGAGACUCCAUGGGUCAAAUUGAAAGUUUCAAUUUCACAAGUAAUUCCUGCUGAAAAUCCUAUAUAUCUUCAUUUGAUAAUAGCUGUAAAGCCCUUCUAAAAAGGAAUGUGAUUGAUUUUGCCAUUUCAUUAAUCUUCUCACCGAGUGUUUCAUUAAGUAGGAUGCCCUUGAAUUUUGGUGGAACCAGUUGUCAGUGCCGGCUAUUAAGGCUGUAAUAAUUGGUUUACAUAUGCUGUAUUUCAAAAUGUUUCUUUAAAAUUCUAUAGCAAGAUUGUCAGUUUCUUACCA